CCCGGACCAGUCCCGACCCGUUCUCGCGAGAUCCGGGCAGCCGAGCGCUCGGGGCCUUUUCAAAUCGGGAUCCGUUACCGCUUCCCCUGCCGCCGCCAUUGUCGCGCUCGGAGCCCCCCUCAGCGCAGGUGGCGGAGGUAGCGGCGGGCGGCGGGAUGGCAGAGACUGACAAGCCCGAGGUGCCCGGGGCCGCUAGCGACGACACUCCGCGUCAGCAGCUGUCACCCCCGGAGCAGCCGGAAGAGUCGGGUCAGGAACAGCUACAGCCACAGCAGGAGCUGGAGAAGCAGCAGCCGCCACACGGAGGCAACUCCAAUGGCGUUAAAAUGGAGAAUGAUGACUCUGUAAAAGAAGAGAGAUCUGACUUGAAAGAAAAGUCUACAGGAAAUAAGAAGGCAAAUAGAUUUCAUCCUUAUUCAAAGGACAAGAAUUUGGGCACUGGGGAAAAGAAAGGUCCUAACCGUAACAGAGUUUUUAUUAGCAACAUACCAUAUGACAUGAAAUGGCAAGCUAUAAAAGAUCUUAUGAGAGAAAAAGUUGGUGAGGUUACAUACGUGGAGCUCUUUAAGGAUUCGGAAGGAAAAUCAAGGGGUUGUGGUGUGGUUGAGUUCAAAGAUGAAGAAUUUGUAAAGAAAGCAUUAGAAACUAUGAAUAAAUAUGAUCUUAGUGGAAGACCACUGAAUAUUAAAGAGGAUCCUGAUGGAGAAAAUGCUCGUAGGGCACUGCAACGUACAGGAGGAUCAUUCCCAGGAGGACAUGUCCCUGAUAUGGGUUCGGGGUUGAUGAAUUUACCACCUUCCAUUCUCAAUAAUCCAAAUAUUCCUCCUGAGGUUAUCAGUAAUUUGCAGGCUGGUAGACUUGGUUCUACAAUUUUUGUUGCUAAUCUUGACUUCAAAGUUGGUUGGAAGAAGCUAAAGGAGGUGUUCAGCAUAGCUGGAACAGUAAAACGGGCAGAUAUUAAAGAAGACAAAGAUGGCAAGAGCAGAGGAAUGGGCACAGUCACUUUUGAUCAAGCAAUUGAAGCAGUUCAAGCAAUCUCUAUGUUCAAUGGACAGUUUUUAUUUGAUAGACCUAUGCAUGUGAAAAUGGAUGACAAAUCAGUCCCUCAUGAAGACUAUCGCUCUCAUGAUAGUAAGACACCUCAAUUGCCCCGUGGUCUUGGAGGCAUUGGAAUGGGGCUUGGACCUGGUGGGCAGCCCAUUAGUGCCAACCAGUUGAAUAUGGGAGGUGGAAUGGGAAACAUAGGACCAGGAAGUAUGGGAAUGGAUGGUCCUGGUUUUGGAGGAAUGAAUAGAAUGGGAGGAGGAGUUGGGUUUGGUGGCAUGGAAACCAUGAAUAGCAUGGGAGGAUUUGGAGGAAUUAGCCGAAUGGGAGAAUUAUAUCGUGGUGGAAUGGCUAGUAGCAUGGAAAGAGACUUUGGACGUGGUGACAUUGGAAUGAAUAGAGGCUUUGGAGAUUCUUUUGGUAGAAUUGGUGGUGCAAUGAUUGGAGGUUUUGCAGGAGGAAUGGGAGCUUCUAACAUGGGUCCUGUAGGAUCUGGAAUGAGUGGUGGAAUGGGUGGUAUGAACAGCAUGACUGGAGGAAUGGGGAUGGGACUUGACCGGAUGAGCUCCAGCUUUGAUAGAAUGGGACCUGGUAUGGGAGCUGUCCUGGAAAGAAGCAUCGAUAUGGAUCGAGGAUUUGUUUCUGGCCCAAUGGGAAGUGGAAUGAGAGACAGAAUAGGCUCCAAAGGAAACCAGAUAUUUGUCAGAAAUCUGCCUUUUGACUUGACUUGGCAGAAACUAAAAGAGAAAUUCAGUCAGUGUGGUCAUGUAAUGUUUGCUGAAAUAAAAAUGGAGAAUGGAAAGUCAAAAGGCUGUGGAACAGUCAGGUUUGAUUCACCAGAAUCAGCUGAAAAGGCCUGUAGAAUAAUGAAUGGCAUAAAAAUCAGUGGCAGAGAAAUUGACGUACGCCUGGAUCGUAACGCAUAAUUUCAAACUACAUUCAGAACAUUCCUACAUAUGUUUAGCUUCUCUAGCCUAGUAAAAAGUUGUUUUAGUAACAUUGUAUGCUUAAAGAAGCUGUAAAAAGGAACUUUUUAAUCCCACCAGCCUUUAACAGUAUAGUGUUAAAAUAUACUGUAAUUCUUGCUAACAAACUCGAGUUUUAGUUUUUAAAGACAGUGGCUCUGGUCAUUCAGUUUAAAUGAAUGGUUAUACUGUUUUUAAUGAAAUAAGCCAUUUCUUCAUUGUUACUUUCAGUACUGCAUAGUGGGAUUCGUUUAGUGUUCAAAUUUCCCCAGCUUGUACCCACUUUAUUGUAAUGUAAAAAGUAGAUGUUUUUUUCCAGAAUUUCAGUUUUUCUAUAUGCAUUGUAGUAAUACUUUAACUUGAAA